UUCAAACCGGACACCCAUGCAAUUAUGUUUGAAGACUGUUGAUCCACUAUUAUAUUGACUGAAUCUUCUGCAUUUAUCUCAUAUAACCCACAGCCUGUUGCAGGCCCGCGAGCCCACCUGCCAAGCGUUUGAUUGACAGCUGAAUAGAUUCUGUGUGCACUGAGCCGAUGCUCGGAGGGCAUCUUGUUUCUCUCGGUCUGCGCGUGCUACGUGAUAGCUGGGGUCCUAUUCCGUGUCUGAGCAGCCAUGCAGCCUCCUCUGCCAAGCAAUAAGCGCUGCCCUGAAGGGGACGAAAGGAAAUUACAGGAUGCUAUCAGCAAUUGAGUUCAAUUGGGGUUGAAUGAACAUCAUGUAAACCUGAAUGGAUUUAAACCAAGGAGUGGUUAUUUAUUUUGCUCCAACAUCCUCCAGUUUUCUUCUGGACUUAUUCAUCCAAAAUGCGGAAGAUGGUUCCAGUUGUGUGCUUUGCGACGAUGUUGCUCCAGGUGGCUCACUCGGCUCAGGGCCGGUACGCUCAACAGCUGCUCACCGACCUGAUGGAGAACUACUCAAAUGCCCUGCGGCCGGUGGAGGACACAGACAAAGCCCUGAACGUCACCCUGCAGAUCACUCUCUCCCAGAUCAAAGACAUGGAUGAGAGGAACCAGGUAUUGAUAGCGUACCUGUGGAUCCGUCAGACGUGGCACGAUGCCUACCUGAGGUGGAACAAGGAGGACUACGAUGGCCUGGAGGUCAUACGGAUCCCCAGCAGCCUGGUGUGGAGGCCUGACCUCGUCCUCUAUAACAAGGCUGAUGAUGACUUCUCAGGGCCGCUAGACACGAACGUGGUGCUGCGCUAUAAUGGGGAGAUUACAUGGGAUGCUCCGGCCAUCACCAAGAGCUCAUGUGUGGUGGACGUGUCCUACUUCCCCUUCGACAGCCAGGAGUGCAACCUCACCUUCGGCUCCUGGACAUACAACGGCAACCAGGUUGACAUCGCCAUGGGCAUGGACAGCGGGGACCUGUCUGAUUUCGUGGAGAACGUUGAAUGGGAAUGCCACGGCAUGCCGGCCACCAAGAACGUCAUAAUGUACGGAUGCUGCUCCGACCCCUACCCUGACAUCACCUACACCGUCCUGCUCCAGCGCCGCUCCUCCUUCUACAUCUUUAACCUUCUCCUGCCUUGCUUCCUCAUCUCCUUCCUGGCUCCGCUGGGCUUCUACCUGCCCGCUGACUCUGGGGAGAAGGUGUCCUUGGGGGUCACCGUGUUGCUGGCCCUGACUGUCUUCCAGCUCAUGGUGGCCGAGAGUAUGCCGCCGUCUGAGAGUGUGCCGCUUAUUGGAAAGUACUACAUUGCUACCAUGACGAUGAUCACAGCCUCCACGGCUCUCACCAUCUUCAUCAUGAACAUCCACUUCUGUGGGGCCGAGGCCAAACCCGUCCCCCACUGGGCCAAAGUCCUCAUCAUCGACUACAUGUCCAAGAUCUUCUUUGUCUACGAGGUGGGAGAGAACUGUGCCACUGCCACCUCUUCCUCCUCCUCCUCCUCUUCCUCAUCACAUUUUGGCCAGGACGAUGUCCACCAACCCAACCUCAGCCCCCAUUGCCAGGCCAAUGGGAAGCCGGGGGGCAACAGCGGGCGAGAGAACCAGUACCGCCACAAACACCCCAGACCCCAGACUCCUGGACCUCAACGUCACCCCAAGCCCCGACACCAACACCACAUCACCAGAGACGAGAAGAACCAUCUCUCCAGCUCCAAAUACGAGGGCUUUGAGUCCAACAGGAACCUCCCCCUGGGGGACUGCUGCAAGGAGGCUCCGCCCUGCUGUCCGGAGGAUGAAAAGACAGCAGUGGUCGCUGCUGCGGUGGCCUCAGUAACCUUUGGCCCCUGUGUGUUCUGUAGUCACGGCAGCAGCUUACCCGGGGUGGACUCCAAGCUGGUGCGGAACGUGGAGUACAUUGCCAACUGCUUCCGGGAGCAGAGGGCCACCUGCGCCAAGGGGGCGGAGUGGAAGAGGGUUGCCAAGGUGAUGGACAGGUUCUUCAUGUGGAUCUUUUUCAUUAUGGUCUUCCUCAUGAGCAUUCUGAUCAUCGGCAAGGCACCAUGACAAUGCUGGCUACCCACGUGUUAUUGGAGACUGUUCUGCGCACGGUUUCCCAAAAGCAUCUUAAGGCUAAGUUCUUUGUUAGAACCAUAUGAUCCUAUGGUUCUAAGAUAAACUAUGGUUCUAAGAUAAACUUAGCCUGGUGCUUUUGGGAAACCAGGCCCUGUUCUUUUGUUCAUCAAGAGAGCAUUUUCAUGUAUAGUAUGUGUGUAAUAAGUCUUACUGAUGAAACUAAAGAAGGUGCAAAGAGAGAUGGCUAUUUUGAUAGAUAUCUAUGUUAUUUCCUCAUUUCUGUUAACCUUAUUGGAGUUUUAACAUUUCGACAAAUGCAUUGUGGAGGAAAAACUAUAUUGCACUCAUGAUCAAUGUCCUGAUUAUCAUAAGCACGAUCAGUUACUGAAGUUUGUCAAUUCAUUUCACUCUUUCUUUUCAUCUCUGUGCAGAAAAUACGUUAUAUAUUUUUAAAAACAUAGCAAAUACUGUGUAUAAGUAAACUCAAAUAUCACUACAAGUGUAUACUAUACUGUGUGUGAAUGAACAGCACACUCCAUACACCCUCCCCAUACUAAUAUCGCCACACGUCCCCACUAAAUAACAACAAUAGAACUAUCACGUAUCACUCACCAGUCUGAAAUCAGACUCCAGGGGCUUCAGCGACAAAAUGACCUGCUCCGGAUCCACACGGCCGGAAUCAUUUUUCACUUCAAAAUCAUGCAGUGAAUAGUUAAUGACUGCUUUGUUUCCAAACAGGCACUGUAAAGAUGUAAGGUAAUAUGGAACAUAAAUUAUGCAACACAACGAGUUUGCCCCCUCCAGCAACACAUACCAACAUCCAGGUGUGUGUGUGUGUGUGUAUACUGUAUGUUUGUGUGUGUUGGCAGGAAGUGGUUGGGGGGGGGGGGGGUUUACUUUGGACUCGUCUGCACACCUCAUAGAAGUAGUCAACCACUCAAAGGACAACGUAUUUGACCAGAGUGCCUCCCUUAUUUGUCCCUAUGGAUCCUUAUAUAGUUUUGAGUUUUUAUUUGCCGAAUUUUCGCUACUACCUUGUAUGUCCAGCAGAGGGCAGACAUCUCUCACCAAUUAUCCCCUUGAACGGCACAGAAAAUAGGAGACAGUGAAUUUGAAAUCAGAUGUCAUUACAACAGCCACCUUUAACACUUUACACAUCCAUAAUAAAAAGCGAAUGUUGAUUGUAAAAUCAAGAUCUGAUCAUUACAUUUCAUGUUGAGUGAAUAUAGAGUGGAGGAUUAUGGAUGCAUAACCAACCAGUGUUAAGGAAACUAGUUCAUCAUCAUAACUGAUACUAAACCUGUCUCUUGAACCUAUCCGCUGACAUUAAUGAGAACCUGAGUUCACUCAGACAAGGAAGCCUGAGCAGUCAUCAUCCUCUUCAGGGAAGUGAUUGUCAUGCUGAGUCUGAGAGUGAAAUCUUUCACAUUUGCAUACUGGGGAAGCCUGUCUCUGGUCCUAUUAGUGUACGGUGAGCCGCGGGGCCCGAUGCAUACUAUGAUCACCCCAGGAGACAGUGAGAAGUGGGAAACAUGUCAUUUGCACAGACAGGAGCGCGGCUUGGGAGAGACUGCUGGGGAAAUUGCCAGGGUCUUUUUUAUUUCACUUAAAGAAGGCUGGGGGAGCCUAUCACCACCUGUCUGCAUGCUGCACAGGAGGAUGGAUCAUCAUGAUAUGGACUGUCUCAUGCUUCAUGACGCGAUUGUUCAUUAUUGUACGGUUAAGGACCUGAAGUUACAAAGUGGCAUUCUGAUGACUAAUUAAUGACUCGUCAUGAUUUAGCGUUGUAAUAAACAUUAGUGAUGCGCUGGUUGACUGAAUCAAAAUAAAACAAGGCAUACAAAAAUACAUAAAUGUGUAAUUCCUGUGCAAUACAUAUCUAUCGGCUAAAUUGAUAUUUUUCUUUAAAACAUUUUUUUACCUGGCGUUAGUGCGUAGCCUAAGCUUCAGGGCCUAACUGUAGCGCGCCAAAUACACACCAAUUGCCAAAUGCUUUGGGGAACUUGGGAAGACAACGUCAACGUUAACGUUAAAGUUGUAAAAGAGGAUGAAUACAGUGCCUGCUAUGUUAUGCGUGAUGAUUGUGAGGUGCUAUGCAGUCUACUGUUCCGGUGGGUUCAUUGAAUAAUAGUCUGAAAUCUGGACACUGACUGUAUCUAUAACCUCUCACAUAGGUACUAUAAUAUUAACUCCUGCAUUUCUUCUGGUAAAAAAACAAAUGUCAAUUUUGACUGAGGAGUAUUUUUCUCCCGUCAUACGGGAGUAAUAAAGGCCUACUUCACUCAUUUUGCGGGAUUUUUCAGUGGGGCAAAAAAGUAUUUAGUCAGCCACCAGUUGUGCAAGUUCUCCCACUUAAAAAGAUGAGAGAGGCCUGUACAUUUAAUCAUAGGUACACUUCAACUAUGACAGACAAAAUGAGAAAAAAAAUUCCAGAAAAUCACAUUGUAGGAUUUUUAAUGAAUUUAUUUGCAAAUUAUGGUGGAAAAUAAGUAUUUGGUCACCUACAAACAAGCAAGAUUUCUGGCUCUCACAGACCUGUAACUUCUUCUUUCAGAGGCUUUGUUUCUGGUGUCCUUUGACAGCUCUUUGGUCUUGGCCAUAGUGGAGUUUGAAGUGUGACUGUUUGAGGUUGUGGACAGGUGUCUUUUAUACUGAUAACAAGUUCAAACAGGUGCCAUUAAUACAGGUAACGAGUGGAGGUCUGUCCAUACUCUGGACCUGGUUAUUACCAAGGGGGCUUUCUAUGAACAUAUCCUCUAUUGUUGAUGUUGCUUUAUCUAAUCACCACUGUGUAUUUUUUUUAUUACAUUGUUGCCCAUAGCACAUGGUAAUACUGAAUGCAUUAUUGAGAAACACUAUCUUACUUCUGAAGUUGAUGCAAAUUGUAUUGAAUGUAUGAACAAUACUCCACCACCUAUUCUGCCUUCCUUUUGUGAUGAUUUAGUUGAUAACUUUAAUAACAAGUUAAGUGUAACCAUUUAGAUGCCAUAACUCCAGUAAAGUUGAAAAAGGCCACAUCCAAAAGAUCCCCUUGGAUUUUUUAUUUUUACCUUUAUUCAACUAAGUCAGUUAAGAACAAAUUCUUAUUUUCAAUGACGGCUUAGGAACAGUGGGUUAACUGCCUGUUCAGGGGCAGAACGACAGAUUUGUACCUUGUCAGCUCGGGGAUUUGAACUUGCAACCUUGCGGUUACUAGUCCAACACUCUAACCACUAGGCUACCCUGCCGCCCCGAUGAGUGAGGAAACUAAUCAAUUAAAGAGAAAUUGCAAAAAGGCAGAGUGGAAGUGGAGAAAGUCAAAGUUGCAGGUCCAUUAUGAUAUUCUGAGAGAGCAAAAUGGCAUAUACAAUCCAUUCAGAAAGUAUUCAGACCACUUCACUUUUUCCACAUUUUGUUACGUUCCAGCCUUAUUUUAAGAUGUAUUUGUCACGGCUGAUUUCCUCCUCUUCGUCUGAAGAGGUGUA